AUGGCUGCCUCUGGAAUGCUCCCAAACCAGUUCCAUGCUGGGAACCUGGAAAGCUUCAAGAAGGGUGACGAUGAUGAUGACAAACUGGUGUCUAAUUGGACUUGCAUUCCGAGUGAUCGGGUAGCUAAGUGGAGGUCGUCUUACAAAGGACAGUCGAACCUGCCCCCCGGAACAGACCUUUCGGGUCUGGGGAAUGGCAGGCGCUUCCCAGACUUGGGCCAGGAGGAGCAAGAUGGGCCUGGGGUUGGUGACCCUGCUAAGUUUGUUGAAUCUGCUAUUGCUGGGAAGGGCCCUUCUCCCAAUCCCUUAAUCUUUCUACUUUUCAUCCUAUCCCAACAUCCCAGAUCCCAACUAUGGUCACCUCCCCCUUUCCCACUCUGCUCAUUUUCUUCUCUCUUGCUUUCAGGGGCCGAUGGGAAAGAAGAAGUUUCCUGUGGUGUGGCCCCUCAGGCACGAAUUGUGGGCGGUACCAAUGCUUCCCCUGGCCAGUGGCCUUGGCAGGUCAGCAUAACCUACAAUGGCAUCCAUGUAUGCGGUGGCUCUCUUGUAUCCAAACAGUGGGUGCUGACCGCUGCCCACUGCUUCCCAAGGGAGCAUAGGUUGGAGGAUUAUGAAGUGACUGGGGCCCAUCAGCUCAGCACCUAUAACCCUGACACAGUGGUCAUGACAGUAGGCAAGGUCUUCACCCAUCAUAACUAUGUGAAAGAGGGGUCACAAGGAGAUAUCCAUCCUGUCUGGCUACCAGCUGCCAAUGCCUCUUUCCCCAAUAGACUCCAUUGCACCUUCACAGGCUGGGGUAACCCACACAGCUCAUGUAAGACUCUGUGGGGGUAUGGGUUGCCAGAGCCAGUGAUAUGCAAAGAGAUGGAGAGGAUGGAGGAUUUGAUAUGUACCCUUAUCUGC